AUGUUAUACUUUUUGCAAUCAAUAGAUCAGUUUGGAGUUGAGUAAAAACUGUAAAUACCCCCAAUUAACCCUACAUAAAAAAGUGCUUUAGGAGGAUUAAUAACUCUUGCGUUAUAUGGAGUUAGCUUAGGAUAUUUUCUAUUCCAAUUCAUUGAUUGGCAAACAAAUAAUAAGCUUCCUAAAAUUACAUCACUAUAUUAAUAAAUUGAUGCUAACUAAACUAUUGUAUAAAGCGGAGUGUUUAUUGAGAUUUCUUAUUUUUAAAAACUGAAUAAUUAGAUCGAUCCUUUUAAUCCCAAACAAUUAAUAUUUAAUCCAAUUUUGUAAUUGGUACCUAAUGAUUGGGACUAAGUAAUAAUACAAUAAUUAUAUAUAGUUAUAAAACCUAACUCUUCGUUUUGACUAAGAAUAGUUAGAAAGUGGUAAAAUUGUCAAUAAAUUUUUUAUUGAUAGUGUUGAAAUUAUAAAAUCUCCACCUACCUAAUCUCAGAUAAGUUCGAGAGAAUAUUAAUUAUUCCUUGGAUAUUGUAGAUAAGACCAAUUAAUGAAAGGACAUUAGUGUGCUGAUGAAGCUACUAAGAAUUAAUUUUAUGAUCAAGAGAACUAUUUUCAAGUUUAAUUAUAUAUUGAGUAGUUCAAUCCAAAAACUAAGCAAUUCACAAAAGUUCCAAAAUUUUUUAUAUUUGACAUGAUGCCAGGUUCUCUUUUUUAAAAUUAAUUUACAUUAUAAGCAGGUGAAUUAGAAUUAGAUGAUGGAUUUUUCUUACCAAAAAACACCAAAUAUUCUUAUCUCUCUGAUGUGUAGACACUACAGACAACUUAUGAUUGGGCAUAUUCAAAAAAGGUUUAUGGAGAAGAAUUAAUUUCCCUUUUAUAUUUUACUUUAGAUUCAAUAAAACUAGUCAACAAUGUUGAAUAUCCAAAAAUAUCUGAGAUACUAGCAGAUACUGGGUCGAUUAUAUCGUGGAUUCUUUCAAUUUCUUUUUUAGUUUCUAAAUACAAUGAGAACAUUUGUUAGUAAAAAGCUUAGAGAGAGAUAAUUAGUAUGUACUACCAUGAUUUUACCGAUUUUUAAAUAAAUAAGAAUUGGUUAAGCAAAAUAACAAGUGUCAACUUUAAAGGAAGAGAGUAUGAUACUUAAAAGUCAGAAGAAAUUUUGAAUAAAUUGAAUCAAAUUGCAAUAGAAAAGAUGAAUUAUUUGAAUUUACAAAAUGAAGUAGCCAAGUAAUUAAUUUUAAUAUUUCAAAUUUUAGAUUACAAUUAAUAAUAUAGGAACAUUUAGGGUUAUAGCAAAUUAAAAAGUAUUUAGAAACAAAAUGUAAACUAGAACAUCUAUUUGAUAAAUUGGGAAUACCUGAGAAGAACAUCCAAUCUACUAAUCAAAUUGUAAUUUAAUUAGUUAUAAUCAGCUUCCAUCAGACAAUUAAUAUAUAAGAAAUCAAUAACAAUAGCUGAGUUCGGAGACAGAUAUCUUGCAACAAAAAGAGUUUAGUUUAGAUUAAGAAUUUGAUGAAAGAAUCUAUUUAUUAGUCAGUAAAAAUAUACGGAAGCUACAAUCAUCUUCUCCUCAAAACUAAGAAAAUUAAGAUAGUUCACAAAAUUUAAAUAUAAAUUUGAAGGUGAUAAAUCUUGAAUAAUCAUAAUCAUAAUCAUAAUCAUACUUGAAAUGA